AUGGCACCAAAGGUUGAUCUGGCAGAGUAUCUCUGGAUACGACUCGCUCAGCUCGGCCUAGGCUCCGUCCAUGGCGUCCCUGGAGACUACAACCUAACUGUCUUGGACUAUCUCGAGUCGACCGGUAUCCACUGGGUUGGCAACGCCAACGAGCUAAACGCCGGCUACGCAGCCGAUGGUUACGCAAGAGUCAAAGGCAUCGGCGCUAUCAUCACUUCUUUCGGGGUGGGAGAACUUUCAGCCAUUAAUGCCAUCGCGGGAGCUUACUCCGAGAAAGUUCCAGUGGUGCACAUUGUCGGAACACCCUCGCUUGCCGCUCAGGAGGCUGGAGCUUGUUUGCACCAUUCAUUGGGCGAUGGAAACUUCAAGAUCUUUGCGGACAUGUACAAGAUGGUUACAGUUGCCCAGGCAAACCUCACUGAUCCUUCAACCGCCACUCGGAUGAUCGAUGCAACUCUUAAGGAGUGCCUUCGACAGAGCAGGCCCGUAUACAUCCAGAUACCUUGCGAUAUGGUCAAAGUCAAAGUGAUGGCUCCCGCAUCCCCAAUCACUCUUUCCCAGCCCAAGAUUGAUGAAUCACUUGAGUAUGAUCUCGUCCACCGACUUGCAACUCGAAUCCAAAACAGCAAGAAGCCAAUGAUUCUGGUCGACGCGUUUGCUGGGAGGUUUGGGAUGAAAGACGAAAUCAACCAGCUGGUCAGGCUAACUGGCUUCCCCACCCUUACAACACUUGGAGGGAAGGGCCUUGUCAACGAAGAUCUACCCAACUUCCACGGGUCUAGCCUUGGUUUGGCGGGAGAACCAGCUCAGCAAGCAUGGGCCAAGUCUCGGGACUUAGUUCUUCGUUUUGGCCCCUUGGACUCUGAUGCCAACACCUUUGGUUCAACCACCAUACCAGAUCCUCAUAUCACGGUGACCUUUGAGAAGUACUCCAUCCGUAUGGGCGGCAAGGAUCUUCCAUAUGGAGGGAACCGUGCCCUACCUGUCAAGUCUAUCCUUAGGAAGCUAGUUGGCCAGCUGAAGGCGCGCGAACUUCCUGUCCCAGAACCCUAUCCGGAGAAGUGCAUCUCGCUUAAGACCAUGCAAAAGAUGUUGCUCCCACCAGAGAAGGAUAGUACCAUAGAUCAAUACUCUUUCUGGCUGCGCGUCUCCAACUUUAUCAGAGAAGGCGACAUCGUCAUGGCUGAAACCGGCACAGCCACGCACGGAAGCCAGAGUCUCAUCCUUCCAGAUGAGACUGUCUUCAUCAACUCCUCUAUAUGGCUUUCCAUUGGAUAUACUCUUGCUGCAUGCCAGGGAGCAGCCCUCGCACAGAGUGAAAUGUUUGAGGACAAAACACGACGCCCUGGCCGGACCAUUCUAUUCGAGGGAGACGGAAGCUUCCAGAUGACGGCACAGGCAGUCAGUGACAUCAUCAGAAACAAGCUCGACGUAAUCAUCUUUGUUCUCAACAACAGCGGCUACACGAUUGAGAGACUCAUCCACGGCCCGAACGAGAGUUACAACGACAUUCAGCCCUGGAGAAUCCUUGAUGCCCCGAGCUACUUUGGUGCACCCAAGGAUGAUCCCUCCUACCCUGUGAGGACAUUUCUCGCCGAGAAUUGGGGUCAACUGAAAGAUGUUUUUGAAAAUCCUGGACUGAAAGAGGGAAAGGGGCUUAACAUUAUUGAAGUCAAGAUGGAGAUGGAUGAUGCUCCAAAGACGCUUCGGACAUUUGUUGAUCGAGUAACUAGAAAGAUAAACAGUGGAGAGGCAUGA